CUGGCAUCCACCCUCGAGUGUGAAUGUGGGGAUCCGUCUCGGCUGGUUUGCGUGAGGAGUGGAGCAGGGGCUGGGGGGCCGUUGCUGGUGGCUGCCGGUAAUGGCGAGUGUGUGGUUGUUGCCGUCUCUGUUGUUUUCGACUACGACGACGAUGAUGAUGGUGGUGGUGAUGGCCAUGAACUCACGGAACGAUGGCGAGCUAUCGGCGAUUUACAGAGGUACUUGGUUUACUGCGGCUAGGCUUACCUAUCUACUCUAUCGGCGAGGUAUCUGUGUACCUAUGUAUUGCGAUGGGUGACAAGGUGGACCCGAGGGCAGAGGUACACUUGUUCGAUGUCUACCAUGGUGUAAGUCAGAUGUAAACGGAACAGG